UGGAAGAGAAAGAGGGGGAGGGGUGGAGGAGGAGGAGGAGGCGGAGGCGGUGGCAGGAAGGCGAGGGUGGCAGAGAGGGGACAGUUGGGUAAUUACUGGCAAGCGUGUUCCAGGAGGAAGAGGAGGACGAGGAAGAGGAGCAGCAGCAGCUCCCCGCUUUCCGCGUCCGUUACAGGGAGCAGCGCCGCCAGCCCAGCCCGGUUGCUCUGUGGAUGAAAUGAAUCAUGAGUUUCAAGCUCUUGCACUAGAAUCUCGGGGAAUGGGAGAGCUGCUACCUGCCAAAAAAUUUUGGGAACCAGAUGAUCCAGCGAAGGAUGGACAAAAAGGCAUAUUCCUUGGUGAUGAAUGGAGAGAAGCUGCCUGGGGAACACCUCACCACUCUAUGUCCCAGCCUAUUAUGGUUCAGAGAAAGCCUGGGCAUAUUUUUCAUGGAAACAGUGAAGUAAAUGCUGUCUUAUCUCCUCGAUCAGAGAGUGGUGGCCUUGGUGUGAGCAUGGUAGAAUAUGUGUUAAGUUCUUCUCCAGCAGAUAAAUUGGACUCCCGAUUUAGGAAAGGAGCUUUUGGUACUAGAGAAGCUGAAACAGAUGGACCUGAGAAAGGAGACCAGAAAGGCAAAGCUUCUCCAUUUGAGGAGGACAAAAACAGAGAUCUUAAACAAGGAGAUGAUGAUGAUGUUACUAAACUAAAUGGCAGAGUUUUGCCAAAUGGAAUGGAUGCUGAUUGCAAAGAUUUUAUCAGUCGUACUCCUGGAAGUCGGCAAGCCUCCCCAACUGAAGUAACUGAGCGUCUCGGGCCUAACCCAAGCACCGCAGAAGGGCUGGCUUCCCUUCCUAAUCCUGCAACCCAUAAGCCACUGGUGGAAGAAUUUUCAAACUCUGAAUCUCAGAAUCUGGAUGCUAUGGAACAAGUGGGUCUUGAUUCUCUGCAAUUUGAUUAUCCCGGAAAUCAGGUACAAAUGGACUCUUCUGGAGCUACUGUGGGACUCUUUGAUUACAAUUCACAGCAGCAGCUUUUUCAGAGGACAAAUCCUCUUACUGUCCAGCAGUUAACAGCAGCCCAACAACAACAGUAUGCCCUGGCAGCAGCACAGCAACCACACAUAGGUGUAUUUUCAGCAGGCUUGGCUCCAGCUGCUUUUGUGCCAAACCCUUACAUUAUCAGCGCUGCUCCACCAGGUGCUGACCCAUACACAGCAGCAGGUUUAGCUGCAGCAGCUACAUUAGCAGGGCCAACAGUGGUCCCUCCUCAGUAUUAUGGAGUUCCUUGGGGAGUGUAUCCAGCCAACCUGUUUCAGCAGCAAGCAGCAGCUGCAGCAAACAACACAGCUAAUCAGCAGGCUGCAUCACAGGCACAACAAGGACAGCAGCAGGUUCUUCGUACUGGAGGAAGUCAGCGCCCUCUUACUCCCAAUCAGGGUCAGCAAGGGCAGCAGGCAGAGUCACUUGCAGCAGCUGCGGCAGCAAAUCCAGCUUUGGCUUUUGGUCAGGGUCUUGCCACAGGCAUGCCAGGCUAUCAAGUGCUAGCCCCCACAGCCUAUUAUGAUCAGACAGGUGCCUUGGUGGUAGGUCCUGGAGCCAGAACUGGACUUGGAGCACCUGUCAGGUUGGUGGCUUCAGCACCUGUUCUCAUCAGUUCUGCAGCUGCACAAGCAGCUGCAGCAGCUUCAGCUGGUGGAACAGCAAAUAAUCUCACAGGAGCCACAAAUGGUCUUUUUCGACCCCUUGGUGCUCAGCCUCAGCAACAGCAACAGCAAACAAACAACAGUCUGCAAUCUAAUUCAUUUUAUGGCAACAGUAGUUUGACCAAUAACUCCCAGAGCAGUUCACUUUUUUCACAUGGUCCUGGCCAACCAGGAAACACAUCUCUUGGCUUCGGAAGCAGCAGCUCCUUAGGAGCUGCUAUUGGUUCUGCACUCGGUGGAUUUGGCUCAUCUGUUGGCAGUUCUGCAAGUAGUAGUGCCACAAGGAGAGAGUCUCUAUCUACUAGUUCUGACUUGUACAAAAGAUCUAGUAGCAGCCUAGCACCCAUAGGGCAGCCAUUUUACAAUAGUCUGGGAUUUUCCUCCUCUCCAAGCCCAAUAGGCAUGCCUCUGCAAAGCCAAACUCCAGGACAUUCACUUACGCCACCGCCAUCACUUUCAUCACAUGGAUCCUCAUCCAGUUUGCAUUUAGGAGGACUGACCAACGGUAGUGGUCGCUAUAUCUCUGCAGCACCUGGAGCAGAAGCAAAGUAUCGCAGUGCAGCAAGUACUUCCAGUCUUUUUAGCUCCAGCAGCCAGCUGUUUCCUCCCUCACGUCUCCGUUAUAAUAAGUCUGACAUUAUGCCUUCUGGACGUAGUAGGUUGCUGGAGGAUUUCAGAAACAAUCGCUUUCCAAACCUUCAACUAAGAGACUUGGUUGGACACAUAGUUGAGUUUUCACGUGAUCAGCAUGGCUCUAGGUUUAUACAGCAGAAACUAGAAAGAGCUACUCCAGCUGAGCGCCAAAUGGUAUUUAGUGAGAUUCUGCAAGCAGCCUAUCAGCUGAUGACAGAUGUGUUUGGAAACUAUGUAAUACAGAAGUUCUUUGAGUUUGGAAGCAUUGAUCAGAAAUUAGCCCUUGCCACCCGCAUUCGUGGACAUGUUCUCCCAUUAGCUCUACAGAUGUAUGGUUGUCGUGUCAUUCAAAAAGCGCUAGAGUCUAUCUCACCUGACCAGCAGGUAAUUAAUGAAAUGGUGAAGGAGCUGGAUGGUCAUGUCCUGAAGUGUGUGAAGGAUCAAAAUGGAAACCACGUGGUACAGAAGUGUAUCGAAUGUGUCCAGCCACAGUCACUCCAGUUUAUUAUUGAUGCUUUCAAAGGACAGGUGUUUGUGCUUUCCACUCAUCCUUAUGGGUGUAGAGUAAUUCAGCGUAUACUGGAACAUUGCACUGCUGAACAGACUUUGCCCAUCUUGGAAGAACUCCAUCAACACACCGAACAGCUUGUGCAGGACCAGUAUGGAAACUAUGUUAUCCAGCAUGUGUUGGAACAUGGCCGUCCUGAAGACAAGAGUAAAAUUGUUACUGAAAUCAGAGGAAAAGUUCUAACUCUAAGUCAGCAUAAAUUUGCAAGCAACGUGGUAGAAAAAUGUGUAACUCAUGCAUCUCGUGCUGAAAGAGCAUUGCUUAUAGAUGAGGUUUGUUGCCAGAAUGAUGGUCCUCAUAGUGCCUUAUACACCAUGAUGAAGGACCAGUAUGCAAACUAUGUUGUUCAGAAGAUGAUUGACAUGGCGGAGCCUGCUCAGCGUAAGAUUAUAAUGCAUAAGAUCCGGCCCCAUAUUACAACGCUGCGCAAAUACACCUAUGGCAAACAUAUCCUUGCCAAACUGGAAAAGUAUUACCUGAAGAACAGUGCUGACCUGGGGCCAGUUGGAGGGCCACCGAACGGAAUGCUUUAAAGACACACGCAAACAUAUAGCAGUCUCAAAGAGGAAUUUUAUUGUGAAUUAUCAAAACACAUGACUUAACUAAAAAUGUUGUGAUUUUUUUAAAAAAUAUAUUUAUUGACCAUCCAUUUGUAAAAAUUUUAUUCAUGUGUAUAUUUUGGGGGAAUGAAUUGCAACAUAUUGCCAUUUCUUAUCAGGGACCUAUCAGAUUGCAGGGCUCAUAAAGCACAGAAAGCCUGUAAAUGAUGUAACUAUCAGAAUAGCUCUCACAUUUUGUAAAUUUUUAUCUUGUAAAGUCACUGAAUAAAAUAGUUUUUAAAGGGAAAAAGUACAGUAUUCUUUUAAUAUACUGGCUUACAAUCUGGUAGGUCUGUUCAUCACCAUAGCACAACAUGUUUAUAUAAUUGUAUAUAGAAUUAGUUUUCAUUUUUCCCCUUUGUGCAGAACCUUUUUUAUAACAGUUGAAAAUAGAGCAAUUACAUAAUUAUUAUUUAACAUGUUACAGAAAGUUAAGUUCUGUAUUUUGGUGGUUCACAAUUUUUAUAAUCCAAAUAGCAGUCUGGGCACUACAAAUACUGGUCAAGGAAUGAUUAAAUAUGAACAAUUAAGUAGUUUCAAUCAUUCACUUUGGAAACUUUUGAGUAUAGUGCCCUUUUCUCCAACAGUGUAUGAAAGCCAUGUAUAUACUUAAAUAUUUAAUUGGUGUGCAAGGUAGGAGAAUAGAAAGGUGGUUCUUCAAUCCAGCAAUGUACUGUCUGGGAAAAGAGUAAACCUGCAUUAAAUAAAUAGACAGACAGACAGCGUAAGAUGUGCGUGUUUUGCUUUAAAUAUACAGUUGUAAGACAGGAUUUGAAAAUGUUGAGGAGAUGCUUUGUGUUCUCACAGUAAAUGAAACAGUAGGCAGGCACUGGAGGAGGACAGGGCCUACUUAAGCCUGAUAGCUCAACAUCUAAAGCAUGAUUAAAUAUUCAGAUAGCAUUUUGCUUCCUUAUAAAUAUAAGCAUUGUAUAAGUAUAGUUAAUAGAUGUAAGUUUACCAUUUGUAAACAAAUUUCUCGUUUUCAAUGUUUUACAAGCCUUGCUAAUUGAGUAGUGAUGCUUAUCUUGGUUGUACAGAUGUACAUUUGUAAACCUUCAUGCUGUAAAUGUAAUUUGUUUUACCCCUUUUGGGAUGAAAAUUUGCAUUUUAGUGUAUAUUCAUAUCCCUGCCCCUUUCGGCCCUGACAUAGUGUUGUAUAAUGUAAAUUUAUUUCAACAAAUCAAGACUGAUUUUUUAAAAAUUCUAUCUUUAUAUGGUUUCAGAGAUAUGAACCAGCUUUCUUUUAUCUAUUAUUAUAAACUUUUUGUUUAUAACAUAGCUAUUCUGUUAAUAUGGACAUUUGAGAAACCUAAUCAGUUUAAACAUUAAUGAGAAUAAAGACAAAUUAAUGGACUAAAUUACUGAUCACAUAAACCAGUGCUUCUUCCAUCUUAAAUGUGGCACGAUUUGUUUUUGUACAGAAAAGUACUGUAUUUUUGAACAGCUUAUUUCAUCCUAAAACAAAUAUGUAUGAUACUGUCAAUUUUUCUCUGAAUAUGACACUGUAACAGUAAGAUAAAGGUGUACAUUUACAAGCGGCCUUAUGUACAUUUCCCAGUUUACUUUUUAAGGCAGAAUUGUGACCAUAUGUGUAUAAUUAAAAUCCUUUCUAAUCCUUUGCCUAUGAAAAUAUUUUGGAAAGAAGCUUACUUUGUAUAUUCGGUUUCUGAAAGAUAAAGUGCUUUGUAUUUUGUUCAAGUCAGUAUUUUGUGUAAACACUUCUUCAUUUUGAUGGCAUAACAUAGCCGUUCUGUCUCAAACCCCUUGGCAGUCGUGAAACCUAUAAAUCACACGAAAGCUUUCUUGGGGGAAGUUUCAGGAGAAGGUAGGAGAGCAACUCAUCUCAUUUACACAGUACUGCUACUCUUCUUUUUAUCAAAGCAUACAGAAAUUUGCUUGCAGAAGAAAUUAGUAUGUUACAACGUUGACCAUUUAACAGAAUAACAGACAUAUUUAAACUUUUAAUUUAAAUACCGAUCUUAGCUGGAAUUUGUAGUAGCUUCUUUUUCCUUUAUGCAUCUUUUGAUAUACCAAAUUAAUAACCAUUCUUAAAGCACAGUUUUCAUUAGAAAUAGCAAACUUAAAAUCUGCAGUGGGAUUUUCUUCAGAACUCUGCCUUAACUUCUUGUCCAAUAGAUGUGGUUGUUUGCAAAUCACAAUUUAAUUUGAAGGAGAGUAACAGCCAUAUAUUUUCUGCAUUAUAUCAAUGGUACAUGCUUCCACACUUAAAACAUCUUUCAAACUGUAAUUUCAUAUUCUUUGGUACAUUGCAAGUCUACUUCAUAACCUGUUGGCUGGACUGCAUGGGAUUGUUUUACUCUAUGCAUUCUUCUGUUAACUGACCAACAUUUUUCACAUUCAGUUUCAUCAAAUAUACUUGAACAGUAGAGAUGUAGAAACAUUCUAGGUUUAGCUAAGUACCACUAUCCUCCCCAUCUCCUCCUGCACUGUUUUCUCUGUAGAUUUGGUUAUGGAACCUUUUGCCUAGUCUGUUUAAGUUUGUUCUGCCUCUAGGCCGCUCUUAGUUCAUAUUGAAUAAUGUAAUGUUCACUUGUAAUAUGCUGUAAAGAAAACAACAAAAUGAAAAUGUGUGAAUACCUUUAUGGAA